GGCCAUAAUCAAGAAUAUAAAAUGGAAUUCAUCGGCAAAUUGCUGUUACAUAUUAUAUUAUUGAUAUCAUUGGAGGGUGCUACAAGUUGGCUAAUGGAACAUGAGAAUUUUACUCUCCCUUCCAAUUGUUCCAAAACAUGCGGUGAUAUACAAAUUGAGUAUCCUUUUGGCAUUGGCAUUAAUUGUUCUUAUGCUGUUGGAUUUAAUCUUACUUGUUCACAAGACCAGGAUCAUCCAAGACUCUUGUUAGGAGAUGGCAAUAUCCAAGUAAGAGCUUUUGAUAUGAACGAGGGGCUGGUCAUCAUUGAAUCACCAUAUGCCACAUUGGAUGUGGAUGCACAAUCUAAUCACACUGCAUUGAUCAAUCUUAAGGAUUUACCUCUGUCUUAUAACUUACUUUCAACUGAUUUUGGAAGCUCAUUUGGAUAUAACAUAUUGCAUGUGGCCGGUUGUAGUGUUACUGCCAUUAUUGUUGAUUUGGAUACCAAUACUGCGAUAGAUUCUUGCAAUACAAUAUGCUCCACUACUAUCAACACUCCAACUACUCAUCAGAUAUAUAUGUCUAGAAAUGGAUAUUGUAGCAUUGACUUGUAUAGUGUAAGAUUUAGCAAUCUUUCAUUGGCCAUUCAGUUAAAUCGACUUGAUGAGAAAAUGGAUCAUAUUAUCAUCAAUAGUACCUCCAGCAUCAUAGCCACCAUAUAUGAUGAUGAACUAACUGAUUAUGAUGACUUCCAAAGAUUUAUAGACGAUAGGAAUAGAACUGGAAUGAUGGCCUCUCUCGCUUGGUACUUCAAUGACUAUUCAACAUGCAAAGAGGCUAUGGAGAGGACCAACACUUAUGCAUGUCUUAGUGAUAGAAGUGAAUGUUAUGAUGUCGUCCUUUAUGAAGAAACCAGUGGCUACAAUUGUCGAUGUUCUUCAGAUUAUGUGGGCAAUCCCUACCUGCAUGAUGGUUGUAAAUUAGAUAAAAAUUUUACAUUCACUCCUGCAAAAGAUUGUCAACCCAAAUGCGGAAAUGUUACAAUUUCCUUUCCCUUCGGGCUAAAACAAGGUUGUUAUCGAGACGAAGACUUUGCUCUAACAUGCAAUGAAACCUCCAGCCCUCCAACUCUCCUAUUUAGAGACUAUGUAGUGAGCAACAUUUCAGUGAAGGAAGGCCAACUGGAGUAUACUAUUGAUUUUUAUUCAGAUAAUAGAAAUUCACAUUUCACUUCCUCGAAGGCUCAGAAGGAUCAGACAAUCAUGGAUUGGGUAAUAGACAACCAAUCUUGCAAGGAUGCUGCAAAAGACAACACCAUCUUCGCAUGUAUCUAUGAAAACAGCUCAUGUUUGGAUGUAAAAAAUGAGGGGUAUAGAUGCAUAUGCAAACAUGGUUACGAUGGGAAUCCUUACCUUCCUUUUCCUGAUGGAUGUCAAGUUACAAAAACAUCCUUUCUCACUUUUUCUAAUGCAUGUAUUCUAUAUUGGUAUGUAUAUUUUGAUGUAUUGACAAAGUUUUUUGGAAUUUUAGAUAUCAAUGAAUGUAAUUCUUCAUCAAAAGUUUGCACUGGAAAUUGUAUAAAUACAAAUGGAAGUUUCUAUUGCAUAUGUCCCCAAGGAACAUCUGGUGAUCCUGUUCAAGGAGUAUGCCUCCCCAACAAAAGGAAUUCUCUUUUAUUUGGUGUCAUCCUUGGUGCUAGCAUUGGAACGAGUCUCUUGCUCUUAUGCAUAGCAUUGGUCAUCGUAGGCAAAAAAUGGAAGCAAAGAAAUCAACAGAAAAUCAAAAAAAGGAAUUUUCUAAGGAAUCAUGGUUUGCUACUUCAACAGUUAAUCUCCACAAGUGAUCAUGUUGAAGAGAGAACAAACAUAUUUUCUCUGGAAGAAAUAGAAAAGGCAACAAAUAAUUUUGAUGAAACUCGAGUGCUUGGAAGGGGAGGACAUGGAACAGUUUAUAAAGGAAUUCUAUCAGAUCAACGAGUUGUUGCCAUCAAAAAGUCAAAAAUAGUUAAGACGAGUGAGAUUGACCAAUUUAUAAACGAGAUUGCGAUUCUUUCUCAGAUGAACCAUAGGAAUGUAGUUAAGCUUCUUGGAUGUUGUUUAGAAACCGAAGUUCCUUUACUGAUUUAUGAAUUUAUCUCUAACGGGACCCUUUCUGAUCAUCUACAUGUUUCACAAGAUGAAUCUAAAUUAUCAUGGGAUGAUCGUCUCAGGAUUGCUUCAGAAUCUGCAGGAGCGCUUGCCUAUCUACACUCAGCUGCUUCUAUGUCUGUCUUCCAUAGGGAUGUCAAGUCAUCAAAUAUUCUUUUAGAUGAUACUUUUAAAGCAAAGGUAUCGGACUUUGGAGCAUCAAGAUUUAUUCCUCUUGAUCAAACACACAUAGUUACUGCCAUACAUGGUACCUUUGGGUAUAUCGAUCCAGAGUAUUAUCAAACAAGUCAGUUGACAGAGAAAAGUGAUGUUUAUAGUUUUGGAAUUAUUCUUCUUGAACUUUUAACUGGAAAGAAGCCCAUCUUCUCAACCAAAGAUGGGUUACAACAAAAUCUAGCCAUGAAUUUCCUUCAAGCAACAAGAGAGAAUACGCUGCUUGAUCUUAUAGAAGAUCGUGUCUUGCAAGAAGGAACAAAGCAAGAGUUUCUUGAAAUCAGUAGUCUGAUAGAAAUAUGCCUAAAUUUGAAAGGUGCGAAAAGGCCUACAAUGAAAGAAGUUGAAUAUAAAUUGCAAAGCAUGAGAAAGGUUAGAAUGAAAAAGAAAGGAGUUUGUAUUCUAGAAGGGAAUGAAGAUGUUGAAUGUUUACUCAGUAUGACAUCUCACUCUUCCUCACAAUUGGUGGAUGAAAUAAGUCAAGGAAAUACUAGGAAUUAUAGCUUUGAGAAGGAACUUAUGUGGUCACAAAAUUGCGCUCGUUAA